UUGCACACUCACCGAGUCACUGGCCAUAAUCUGCCCACAUCAGCCUACAAAGCUUUAACUCCAUCCCACGCUCCCAUCCCUUCCUUCUCUCUUUUCCUCACAUCCAGGACUUCAUCUUCGAUCAAAACUUUACAACUAAACCACCAUUACCCUUAUCUACCUCACUCACAUUCACCACUCUAAACCACCACCAUGGCUGCCACUGCAGCCGCAGCCAUGAGCUCGUCGUUCUCUCCCUCCAUCCACACCACCCUCAAAUGCAUGCGCUCCAACUACCACUUAGCCGCCCCUCACCACGAUCUUCACCUCAGAAUAUCAACACCAACCCGCAUGCUAUCUUCAUCGUCUUCGCUAUCUGCUCAUUCAUGUGUUAUUGAUCAGCCACUGGUUUCUAGACGCGUGCUGAGAAUAUCGUGCGCUUCUGUGGACGUGGCUGUGACGGAAGAGGUUGAAGAAGAAGCUGUUGUGGCGGAAGAAGAGAAGCAGGUGGAAGAGGAAGUGGUGGCGCCGACAGCUGAAGUUUCGAGUGAGGCUGCUGUUUCGACGGAUGAGCUCCCUGUGAACACGAAGCUUUACUUUGGGAACCUUCCUUACAGUGUUGACAGUGCUCAACUUGCUGGGAUUAUUCAGGACUAUGCAAGUCCUGAACUCAUUGAGGUUCUCUAUCAUAGGGACACUGGAAAAAGCAGAGGAUUUGCAUUUGUGACGAUGAGCAGUGUUGAAGAUUGCAAUGCUGUAAUUGAAAAUCUUGACGGACGCGAGUACAGUGGCCGGACCUUGAGGGUUAACUUUUCGGACAAACCUAGAGCGAAAGAACCUCUAUAUCCAGAAACUGAGUACAAGCUUUUUGUUGGGAAUUUGUCCUGGUCAGCCACAUCUGAGAGUUUGACAAAAGCUUUCCAAGAAUAUGGAAAUGUGGUUGGAGCCAGGGUUCUAUAUGAUGGGGAGACAGGAAGGUCCCGUGGCUAUGGAUUCGUAUGCUUCUCAACAAAAGCGGAGAUGGAAACUGCCUUACAAUCUCUAGAUGGAGUGGAACUAGAGGGAAGAGCAAUGCGUGUAAGCUUGGCUGAAGGAAAGCGCUCAUAAAUCUGCUAGAGU